AUGAUGGCUAAUGAUAUAAAAACAACAUUGACUGACCGUAUGGCUGGGUUUGAAUCAUUUUCCAUAACAUUAGACGAGAGCACCGAUUUGUCUGACACAGAUCAACUGGCUAUAUUUAUUCGAGGUGUUGAUAAGGAAUUCACUGUUACUGAGGAAUUGCUUGCUUUACAGCCGCUAAAAGGAACCACUACAGGAAAGGAUAUUUUUAUUGAAGUUCAAAAGGUAUUCACAAGUUUUGGCUUGCCAUGGUCAAAAUUAAUUGGAGUAUGCAGUGAUGGUGCACCUUCUAUGGUCGGCUUACGUAAAGGUUUCAUCGGAAUUUUGAAUGAAAAAGCAACAGAAUUAAAUGUACAAAAAGAUGAUUCGAUAGUCCUUCAUUGCAUUAUCCACCAACAGAACUUGUGUUCUAAGUCCAUUCGAUUCCAGAAUGUUAUGAAUGUGGUAGUAAAAACCAUCAAUUUUAUUCAAUCCCGAGGGCUUAACCAUCGUCAGUUCAAGACGUUUUUGGGUGAAAUAUCAGCUGAAUAUAACGACGUAAGAUAUUAUUGUGAAUUCAGAUAG